AUGUGCAAAUCCCCUCUCCACGACUUCAUCCACGGUCUCCCCAAGUGCGAGCACCACGUCCACCUAGAAGGCUGCCUCGACCCCGAACUAAUCUUCCACCUGGCCGCCCGCAACGGCAUCACCCUCCCCUCACCAACCGAAAACCCAGCCUACGCCUCCAUCGCCGCGCUAACAACCCGCUACGAACACUUCACCUCGCUAGAUGACUUCCUAGCCUUCUACUUCGAAGGCAUGGCCGUUCUCCGCACGGAAGCAGACUUCUCCGACCUGGCCUGGUCAUACUUCCAAAAGGCGCACGCCGACGGCGUCCACCACGCUGAAGUCUUUUUCGAUCCCCAGGUGCAUCUGAGCCGGGGCGUGUCCUAUAAAACCGUCGUGGACGGGUUCGCGGCUGGUUGUAAGCGCGCAGAGAUCGAGUUGGGUCUGAGUACGAGGUUAAUUAUGUGUUUUGUGCGGCAUUUACCUGUUUCGUCCGCGCAGGAGGUGUAUGAGGAGUUCCUGUCGCAUGAGCAUUUCGAGUCUGAGCUUGUUCAUGGACUCGGUUGGUCUUCGUCCGAGGUUGGUCCGCCGAAGGAUAUGUUCCGGGAGAUAUACGCUUCUGCAUCCGCGAAGGGGAUUCCGCUUACCGCUCAUGCGGGCGAAGAAGGUGAUCCGACGUAUAUCAGUACCGCGCUGGAACUCGGUGCGACACGGAUCGAUCACGGAAUCCGACUUAUCGAGGAUCCGGAGUUGAUGAAGCGCGUUGCGAACGAGGGGAUUUUGUUGACUGUUUGUCCCUUGUCGAAUGUGCGACUGCGCUGUGUGCCUAGCGUGGAACAUGUUCCUGUGCGGAAAUUCCUGGAGGCGGGCGUGAAGUUCUCGAUUAAUAGUGAUGAUCCGGCGUAUUUUGGCGGGUAUAUUUUGGAUAACUACUGUGCUGUGCAGGAGGCGCAUCAGUUGAGUGUGAUGGAGUGGAGGAUUAUUGCGGAGAAUAGUGUGCAGGAGAGUUGGAUUCCGGAUGAGAGGAAGGCCGAGUUGUUGGUGUUGAUUGAGGGGCAUGUUAAGAAGCAUAUGGUGGAGGUGGGUGUAUAA